AUGAACUGUUUGCGAUCGUUUGUUCAUAACAUACGAAAAGAGAAAAAAUUAACCAACCUUCUCACCACGUUGUUCUUACUCUACUGUAUCUACAAAGUGUUGGUUUGGAGUGAAAACAUUCGAAAUGAAACCACGAUUAUUGUCAUCACACCCACACACAAAAGGCCCGAACGACUGGCUGACAUGACUAGGUAUGUUAGAGAGUUAUAUGACGUAGGGCGGGGUAAGGUAGACAAGGGUAGGGUAGUGUAGGGUAGGGUAGGGUAGGGUAAGGAGGGCAGGCAAAUAUUAUAUUCUUUGACAAUGUAUAAUAUUUCAGGUUCUCACAAACCUUGAUGCAUAUUAAAAACCUUCAUUGGGUCGUAAUAGAAGACAGUAAUGCUACCGUUCCAGCUGUCGAAAGAAUUUUGCAACGAACUGGAUUGCCUUACACUUAUUUUUUCACUAAUACAGAACCGGGUUUUCCACGUAAGUUUGAGCUUAUACCUAACAUUGUAAGCACUCCUCGCCAAGGCUACCUCUAGCCUAACCAAAAUCACCCCUAGCCAGCGUCAUCCCUAAUCAAAACCACCUGUCGCCAAUGGCUACUCCUAGCCCAAUGUAACACGUUUUUCUUUAAAAAUGCCAUUUAUAGGUCGCGGGUGGACACAUCGUAACAUGGGUCUACAGUAUGUACGCAAAAACUACCGUGAUUACGGCAGAAAUGCGGUUGUUUACUUUGGCGACGACGACAAUUCAUAUGAUAUACGGUUGUUCAAUGAAUACAUACGAAAUGUCAAGUCGAUUGGGUUUUGGGCUGUGGGUAAGUGAUAGCUAUUACCUACUUUAAUAAGACUUGAUAAUUAAAAAAUUUUUUUUUCAUUUUUGAUUAUAUGAUUAUAAUACAAUUUAAAAAAAAGUGAAAACUUUAUAUUUUUAGGCCUAGCUGGAUCAGCUUUAGUAGAAGCUCCACAUGUUGAAAACGGUGUUAUAACCAAAUUUAAUGUUGUCUACGCACCAUCAAGAAAGUUUGCUACUGAUAUGGCUGGUUUUGCUAUUAAUUUGAAGUUAAUAUUAAAAUAUGAGUAAGUUUUGACAAACAUUUUACGUUCUUUAGCCCUAGCCUUAUUCCUGACCCUAGCAUUUCAACUAGCACAAGCCCUGGCCAUAGCCCUGGUCCUAGCCCUAUAGAAGUUCGAACACCUUAACAUUGAACUUACUAUUCGUUUCAGAGCAUCAUUCCACAAAGGUUGCGUCCGAGUGUCUCCAGAAUCCUGUUUCCUGAGUCAAUUCAAGUUGAAUCGAUCUCAAGUCGAGCCGUUUGGCCAUGAUCGGGAACCAAAAGAGAUCUUGGUUUGGCAUACGAAGACGAAAAACAUUGGCACAAAGGGUUCGAAUCACGGCUACAUAACUGAAAAAUAA